UGGAAUCUACCAAACCUAGGUCAAAAAUUUAAAUCUUGGAAAAAUAGUUAAAAAUACGAGGAAGAAAAAAUCUACUGUUUGGAGCUUUUUUAUUAAAACUCUAAAAGGAGGAGAAUGUAAAUUAUGCACAAAAAAUGUUGCAGCUCCUGGUAACACGACUAAUUUAAAAAAUCAUUUAAAAAGGUCACAUUAUGGAAGCUACGCUAGUGUCGUUGUUGAUAUUAGCGUAAACGAUCGUUCUGAGGAUGCAGUUGAAAUCAACAGCAAUAGAAAAGAUUUAAAUACUCAAUCGAAAACAUUUAAUUCAGAGCAGCAAAGAAUUGAUGUGAGUUUUAAUCGAAUGUAGUCAUUUAAAAAUGGCGGCAGUCAACAUGAAAAAAUCACAAAUACAUUAGUAUUUAUGAUUGUUAAAGAUGAUUUACCGUACAUGGCUACUGAGAAACAGGGCUUAAGAAUGUUAUUAACGACAAUUUGUCCUCACUAUCAGAUUUCUAGUCGACAGAAAAUAACUGAGUUGAUAGAAGAAAAAGCUAAAGUUCUGACCAUGCUAUUAAAAAAAAAAUUAGAAGCUAUCGAUUCUUUUUCGAUGACUGCUGACGUUUGCACAGAGACAAAGACCUCGCGAAGUUUCCUAGGCUGUACAGUCCAUUACGUAGAAGAAAACUCGUUAAAAACUUUAUUUAACUUUAGAUAUGGUUGAAUUGACUGAUCGGCAUACAGCUAAAAAUAUUUCAAAACAAUUUGAAAAUAUACUAGUAAAGUGGAAUAUUCCAAAACAUAAAAUCACUGCAGUUGUAACUGACAAUGGUGCAAACAUGGUAAAAGCUGUAAAUGAUACUUUUGGAGUUUACAAAGGCUUAAGAUGUUUUGCACAUUCUCUAAAUUUGGCUAUGACUGAUACCUUUGAUAAAUGUCAAGAACUAAAAGAAAUCAUUGACAAAGUUCACAAUGUAGUUAUUUUUUUCAAAAGUCCAAUAGCAGCUGCUGAAUUGAAAAAGGUACAAAACAGUGAUGAAGUUUUAAGACUCAUUCAAAACGUUCCAACUCGGUGGAAUUCUAAAUUUUACAUGCUUGAAAGAUUUUUAAGAAUGUUGGAUUCAAUAGUGACUGCGCUUGUGAAAUAUGAUAAAGCUAAUCUCUUAUUAUCAGCGUCUGAUGUAACAAUACUCCGUGAAGUAGUAGAGCUACUUCGACCGGCAGAAAAUGUUACAAAAAGAAUAAGUGGCCAAAAUUAUGUGACUAGUAGUGAAAUGUUAUACCAUUUACAUUAUUUGUUCACAACAUUAUCAAAGUUACCUGUAACCACUGAAAUUACCCAAAAAGUGAAACAAAAAUUGGUGCAGUCUAUAAGUAGCCGCUUCAAAUCUAUUAAAAGUCACCCGUUGGUUGGUCCUGCUGCAAUCCUCGAUCUAAGAAUGAAAAAAAAAUUUUUUCUACCCGGAACAUCGUACUCUGCCAUGCGAAAAAAAAUAAAUGACCUCUUGUCCGGAACUGAAAAAUCGAAACCUACUAACCAACUUAAAACUCCAAUUAAUAAAAACAGUAUUGAUAAUGACCUUUUCAACUAUCAUCGUCAAUUAGUGAAACAAGACCAAGAGUUACAUGAACACUCAACUGUUGAAAAAGGGGACAUUGAUCUAAAAAAAUUUUUGGAUCAAGUAUCAUUGAAAUUGAAAAUGAUCCAAUUGACUAUUGGUUCCAAAAAAAAAAAUGAAGCUCCUCGGUUAUCAAAACUAUCAAUAAAAUAUUUAUCUAUACCAGCUACUUCUGUUCCAUCGGAAAGACUGUUUUCUUCUGCUGGUCAAAUAGCUUCCGCUAUUCGAAAUCGGAUUAGUGCUGCUCAUUUACAACAAUUACUGUUUUUGAAAUCAAUUAACAUUGAAGAAUGGAAGCUUGAUUAAAAAAUAUUUAAACUAUAAUUAUUUAAUUAUUUA